AUGUUGUCGCUUGACCUUUCUCGCCUUCUUCUUUACGGCGUGGUAUUCCUCGUCGUAUCAUUCAUAGUAGAUGCAUUAUCUCAACCGAAAUAUCCCCCGGAGAUACCUAUUCUCGGAUUUAAAGGAUGGUUUUCCAAGGUUCGGAAUAGUUUUGCCUAUUUUACAAAACAUCAAUCGUGGAUUGAUCAAGGCUACCAAAAGUAUGGGAAGAAUGGCCUUGCUUUUAUUGCCCCCGCGCCAAUCUCUCGUCCUCCAGACGUCAUCCUUCCAAGAUCUCAAAUCCCAUGGAUGAUGGACCAACCCGACCACGUCCUCUCAGCUGUUAAAGCGCACGAUCAGAUUCUUUACACAGAAUACAAUUUCCUCGGAAAACACCUUGCUCAAGAACCCUUCGCAAGUCGAGUCGUGCAUAAAUAUCUAGCUCGACAUUUACCCUCGCUUAUACCUCCCAUUGAAGAGGAAGUCAACGCCGCGGUUGGAGAUUCGUUGACUCUGGAGGAUGGGUACACAAAGGUUAACCUUUGGGAAUUGUGGAUGGCUAUUGUUCCUCGUGUUACGAACCGCUUACUCGUUGGGGAAGAAACAUGUCGCGACACCAUUUUUCUCCAAUCAAUGAUUCGUUUUACAGACGACGUCGUCAGGAAUAGCUUCCUCCUCCACGCAUUCCCCAAAGUCCUACACCCGAUAGUAGGUCGUCUACUCACCAUUCCCAACCAUCUCCACUGGCGCGCAGCAUCACGUCGAGUAUUCCCGAUUAUCCAACAACGCCUGGAAAACAUGCGACGCAAAGAAGCAGGAGACUUGAAAGAUUGGACUCCGCCAGAGGACUUUAUAACGUGGGAUAUACGACUCGCCAUGGCUGAAGGCAAAACAUUUGAGCUUGAUCCGGUGGUGAUAUCGAAGCGGCUACUCCCAAUCAACUUUGCAGCCAUUCACACGACUGUUCUCACUGGACAUUCAUGGAUGCUAGACAUCCUCUCAUCACCGCCAUCAGAAAACGUCCUCGAUACUCUACUCUCCGAAAUACACACGCACAAACCGACAACAGGCUGGACAAAACAAUCCCUAACCUCCCUCCUUCGAGUCGACUCUUCAAUCCGCGAAUCCCAACGUCUAAGCAAUUUCGCAGCAAACCUCAUCGAGCGACAAGUAGUCUCCCCCUCGGGUCUACAUAAUCCGGAAUACGGAUGGACGCUUCCGAAGGGUGCGUUUGUUACGGUUAAUUUACAGGGGACGCAUCAUGAUGAGGAUAUUUAUGAGGAUGCCAUGAGUUAUGAUCCUUGGAGAUACUCAAGAGUUAGAGAGGCGUGGGAGAAGAAGAGUGAAGAUGAGAGAAAGGAUGAGGAUGGGGUGAAGGCGAGAGGGUUGGGGAUGGUUACGACGAGUGAUGCACAUCUCGCCUUUGGCCACGGACGACACGCAUGCCCCGGACGCUUCUUUGUCGCUCACGAACUAAAGCUCAUCAUGGCCGCCCUCCUCCUCAACUACGACAUCAAAAUGAUUGACAAACGCCCCAAACCACAAUGGCUAGGAGCAACGAUAAUUCCUCCCCUCGACGCAUGCAUAGAGAUUCGACGCAAGACAAAGUCAUGA